GAAAGUGCUCCAAUCAGAGCGAUAGUUGGGAACACUGGUUUGCUUGAUCUGGUGCCUACUUUAAAUAGGGCUAUACUACAGGAACGUUCUACAGGAAAUGCCCCUCUUGGGAACUGUAAAAAUAUCAUAACUUGUAAAUUGAUUCAUAUCACUGCAGUGUAACCAAAGGAUCGCUUUACUCUUACUAAACAGUGCUAUAGAGGACGGAGAACGGCUCUUUCUCGAUUGAGUGCAUAUGAACGUGAUGUCGUUAAACUAUGAAGGACAAGAAGUAUGAUCGAUCGGUGUUUUAACUACAGCCCACUUACCUGAACCAUACCUCCAUGCCUGAACCUUCUGUCUUAUCGAAAUCAACGUAUAAAAUACGCCCAUUUUUUUAUUAUGGAAUUAACUAUGUUUAUUGGAAUUAUAUUCACUGUGUAUAGCUUUCAACUCAUCAACGGACUGGCAACGGCUGAAACAGUCAGCAAAACUGUCACGUCGAAAAAUGUAAUAACAUCGGACAAUGGUGAUACUUUUAAGUCAGUGGUUACAAGUCAAACUGAAGAAACCACUGCAGAUAGCGCGCCUACAGAACACUACACAAACUCAAUUGUAACAACUCUAGCAACCACUUCUAAUAACUUUAGGUCAAAUGUGCAGACACAAGAAUACAAUUCUGAAAGAACCAAUAUUGUAGUAGAAAGUACAUCUAAAGAAAACUCAAUUGGGUCUUCAAUAUCAUCUCUCGCAAAUAUAUCCCAAAACCCGUCGGUAACUGGAAAGUCUAAAUUAAACCAAACCAAGGAAAAUGAAACUCAAACACACAUUACGACUGUGAACAUGUCUACAGGAAACACGGUUUUGUCAACAGUAAUUGAGGGGACAGAUAGCCGCCAAACAAUAGGAACUACUGCAACAUUAGAAACGAAUGCAUUAUCUACUACAGGGUCAAACAUAGGUCAAAGCAAAUCAGAUAAAUUAGCAUCAGAAACAUCAUCUACAGAAAGCUCCAUCAUAUCAACAUUAAUGACAUCCCAGGAUUUAUUAGUAACAGAAAAUGAAACUCGAAUGCACAUUACAACAGAGAACACAUCUACAGGAUACACGGUUUUGUCAACAGUAAUUGAGGAGACAGAUACCAGCCAAACAAGAACUACUUUAGCAGUAGAAACGAAUUCAUUGCCUACUACAGAGUCAGACAUAAGUCAAUCCAAAGCAAACACUCUAGCGUCAGAAACAGCAUCUACAGAAAGCUCCAUCAUAUCAACAUUAAUGACAUCCCAGGAAUUAUUGGUAACGGAAAAUGAAACUCAAAUACACAUUGCAACAGAGAACAUGUCUACAGGAAACACGGUUUUGUCAACAGUAAUUGAGGAGACAGAUAACAGCCAAACAAUAGGAACUACUGCAGCAUUACAAACGAAUGCAUUAUCUACUACAGAGUCAAACAUAAGUCAAAGCAAAUCAGAUAAAUUAGCAUCAGAGACAUCAUCUACAGAAAGCUCCAUCAUAUCAACAUUAAUGACAUCCCAGGAAUUAUUAGUAACGGAAAAUGAAACUCAAAUACACAUUACAACAGAAAACAUGUCUACAGGAAACACGGUUUUGUCAACAGUAAUCGAGGAGACAGAUAAAAGCCAAACAUUAGGAACUACUGCAAUAUUAGAAACGAAUGCAUUAUCUACUACAGAGUCAGACAUAAGUCAAUCCAAAGCAAACACUCUAGCGUCAGAAGCUGCAUCUACAGAAAGCUCCAUCAUAUCAACAUUAAUGACAUCCCAGGAAUUAUUGGUAACGGAAAAUGGAACUCAAAUACACAUUACAACAGAGAACACAUCUACUGGAAACACGGUUUUGUCAACAGUAAUUGAGGAGACAGAUAACAGCCAAACAAUAGGAACUACUGUAGCAUUAGAAACGAAUGCAUUAUCUACUACAGAGUCAAACAUAAGUCAAAGGAAAUCAGAUAAGUCAGCAUCAGAGACAUCAUCUACAGAAAGCUCCAUCAUAUCAACAUUAAUGACAUCCCAGGAAUUAUUAGUAACGGAAAAUGAAACUCAAAUACACAUUACAACAGAGAACAUGUCUACAGGAAACACGGUUUUGUCAACAGUAAUCGAGGAGACAAAUAAAAGCCAAACAUUAGGAACUACUGCAGUAUUUGAAACGAAUUCAUUAUCUACUACAGGGUCAAACAUAAGUCAAAGCAAAUCAGAUAAAUUAGCAUCAGAAACAUCAUCUACAGAAAGCUCCAUCAUAUCAACAUUAAUGACAUCCCAGGAAUUAUUAGUAACGGAAAAUGAAACUCAAACACACAUUACAACAGAGAACAUGUCUACAGGAAACACGGUUUUGUCAACAGUAAUUGAGGAGACAAAUAACAGCCAAACAAAAACUACUUUAUCACAAGAAACGAAUUCAUUAUCUACUAAAGAAUCAGACAUAAGUCAAUCCAAAGCAUACACUUUAGCAUUAGAAGCAUUAUCUACAGAAAGCCCCAUCAUAUCAACAUUAAUUACAUCCCAGGAAUUACUAGUAACGGAAAAUGAAACUCAAACACACAUUACAACCGAGAAUACAUCAACAGGAAACAAUAUUAUUUUGUCAACAGCAUCAUUUCUAAUACCAACAGCUUUUGAAAAUGUAACAAAGCAGAAAAACGAAAGCAAUAAUGAGGAAACUACUUUUAUUGAUGAGUUAAAGUCAACACGAAACCCUACUACGGAAAUAAGUUUGUCCCAUAAAACCACACCCAAUGGUUCAACAGAAAGAGUAACUGCUAUAAUAGAUAUUACACCCACUGACUCAUCAACAAUAACUACAACAACACCGGAUUUUUCAGUAGUUUUGUCAACAGAAUAUCAGCAGAAAGAAACCACUAUGAUCACUGGUGAGAAUAAUGUAGAUAGUACAAUGAUUCCGCCAUCAAUAUUAACAUCAAUAUCCAAAGGUUCUACCGUUGAAACCACCCUUCUUGUGGCAAAUAAAUCAUCAAUUCCUACAACAAAAGCAAAGUAUACAUCUGAACACGAACGCGACGCUACGACAAUUCCUCUGUCAACUUGGGAGCACACAUCAAUGCCUUUUCAAGAAUAUACAGUUACAAACAUAAAUGUAAUGACAUCGGAUGUUACUUCAGAAAUACCUGAUGUUUUUACUUGGGUAUCGAUGGAUACUAAACAAACAGAUGAAAUUGAAGCGACGUCACAAAACCCAACUAUUCAAGAGAUUACUCGGACCGAUUACACAUAUAGCCCAACAGAACAGUCUUUUGACACUAGUAUGAGUUCAAUACAUCUGUCUUCUAUCAAGCCUAAUGGUGAUCAAACAGUCUUUACAACAAUGACAUUGCAGCACAACAGGUUAUCCACUUAUCAGACAACUCAAGAACAACCAAAAGAGGUACUCUGCAGCAAGACUUGCAUAAAUGGAAGGUGCAAGUGGCAGGAUGAGGUGCAAAUAUGUGUAUGCAAUGAUGGCUACAUUUUAGACAGCAAACAAAAUGACGUAUGUGAAGAUUUCAAUGAAUGUACAAGUAAUGUAUGUACCGGUGACGGAGAACUUUGCAAGAACCUUCCAGGCUCGUACCAAUGCACUUGUAGAGCAGGUUGGGAGCAACAGAACAGUAAUUGCAUCCGUGCCGAUUACUGGAAGGGAUCGUUUCGAGCCACAAAUUGGAAAAAUGGCUCACUUCUAAGCUACAAAUUCGUUGAAAAUCCUGAAAGUGACUCGUAUAAGGAAAUAUAUGAUAUGUUCAAUAAACUGUUGACAACCAUAUAUGAAUCGGACUCAGACUUCAUCCGUGUUGAGAUUGUUGGCUUCAUUAACGGCAGCAUUAUUGUAAAUUACAAAUUGAUAUUCGGAGCUGAUAGUAAGCUGUCCGAAGAGACCCUGAAAACAACAUUAGAAGAAGGCUUAUCAUCCCAGACUGACUUUAAUGUAGAUACAGAUUCCAUCCAGUAUUCAGAUGUUGAAGAAUGCAGUAGCGUUGAUAAAAAUGAUUGUUCUGCGAACGCUAUCUGUAUUGAAAAUUUGGGUAGCUUUACUUGUGAGUGUCGUGGUGGUUACGAAGAUGAAUCUAGAUCCGACUAUGGUCCUGGCAGAGAGUGCACGGUGGUAUGCAAUUGCGAAAAUGGUGGAAACUGUACUCACCGUGGAACACCCGAUUCAGUUGCCUGCAGUUGUUUGGAUGGUUACAGUGGAGAUCGUUGUGAAAUCAAGAAAAAUUGGAUUACUGAUAAUGUCAUCAUUAUUUACUUUUGUGCAGCUAUAUCCCUGAUUAUCCUUCUCUUUUGUUGCUGGUACAUCUGUAGAGAGCGCUCAAAAAAUCAAAAUCCAAGUGUGGUUCUUACUGGUCAAAGUUUUCUCUCGGAUCCAUUUGAAGGCGAACGAAAUGACUCAUUCCAUAGAUGGCACCCGUACCUACAGGAAGAGAAGGACAAUCCGAUAUACAAGGAUUCACCUCCAGAGACUCUCACAAAAGCCCCCUCUGUAGAAUCUGACAAUGAUGCCCGAAUGCAGCACUUAGUGAAAAUAAUGAAAGAAGAUAAAUAUAAAAAAUGGGAUAAUCAAUAUGCUAAUGUUGGGUUCAAUAAUUUGGGACAACGGGCAUUUGCCAAACAAGCGCGUAUUUUGACCUUGUUCUGA